GGCGGGGAGUCCCCACUGGUCCUGGCUCCGGAGUGGGGUGCCCGGGAAGCCAGCCCGGCCGGACGGGGGGGGUCUUGGGGCCCUUAGAGGAGCAAUGGAGCCGGGCUGCGGACUCCAGGGUGUGGAGUGGGCUCCCUGGCGACCUCCACGCCCCCUGGAAAGCUGCCCUUGGUCGCUGCCGGAGACCUGUCCCGCCGCGGGCACUCCGUGCCGUGAGCCUGCGUGGCAUCAGCUGCGGUUACCCCGGGGCGUCUGCGUGCGCGUGUUGCAGAGGUCGGCUCCGUCGAGAACUUAGCUGAAGUUGAGGAGCGUUUGACGGUGCGGCGUCGCUCGGUCCUGCGUGCUGCUCUCUGCGGAGCGUCCGCAGGCCAGGCCAGGCCAGGCCAGCGGCACUGGAGCGGCGCCCCGGGCCCUUCCUUGUGCCGCCCGCGAUUCCGCCAUGGCUGCGGUGCGCCCCUUGCUCUGCUGUGACGGGAAAGACCCCUUCGCAGCCUGGCACAGUCGUUCUCUUCUGCAAAAUGCCAGUCUGGUCUUCAGAAACUCGGUUACUGGCUAAACCGAAGACACAGCCUUGCAAUCCAUUUCAAAAUGAGUCGCACAAACUCACUUUUAACGUUAAUCUGUGAUGACAAGUUGGGUCGGGUGACUUGCAGAGUAGACUACACAUAAGAGACAAGACGGUGGCAUUCCUCCUUUCUGCAGUCUACGACAAGUGACUUCUGGGCCUGGAAUGAAACCCUUAUCGUUUGGGCGAGCCACUGUUGCCUGAGUUGGAGCUUAGUGUCCGGUUUAUGAUCACAGCUGUUUGUGAAAUCCUGAAGGACCUGGAUGACUAUUAUGAGAAGUUCAAGCGUGAGACUGACGGUGCUCAGAAGAGGCGAGUGUUACACUGCAUCCAGAGAGCCCUCAUUCGGAGCCAGGAGCUGGGCGAUGAGAAGAUCCAGAUUGUGAGUCAGAUGGUGGAGCUGGUGGAGAACCGGACCAGACAAGUGGACAGUCAUGUGGAACUCUUUGAGGCACACCAAGAGAUCGGCGACAGCACAGGGAACAGCGGCAAAGCUGGCCAAGAUAAGUCCAGGAACGAGGUCGUCCUACAGGCGGACAAGCCCAACAACAAGCGCUCCCGGCGGCAGCGCAACAAUGAGAACCGGGAGAACGCCUCCAACAACCACGACCACGACGACAUCACCUCAGGAACGCCCAAGGAGAAGAGAGCGAAAACCUCCAAGAAGAAGAAGCGCUCCAAGGCCAAAGCAGAGCGGGAGGCCUCCCCCGCAGACCUCCCCAUUGACCCCAAUGAGCCCACGUACUGUCUGUGCAAUCAGGUCUCCUAUGGAGAGAUGAUAGGCUGUGACAACGACGAGUGCCCCAUCGAGUGGUUCCACUUCUCCUGCGUGGGGCUCAACCAUAAACCAAAGGGCAAGUGGUACUGUCCCAAGUGUCGGGGGGAGAAUGAGAAAACAAUGGACAAAGCCCUGGAGAAGUCCAAAAGAGAGAGAGCUUACAACAGGUAGUCUGCGGACCUUCCCUGCCGGGGAGGGGACGUUGGCCAGUGUGUUUAUGACAUCACGGCCUUUGCUGGUGUGAGUGUCGUCAAGGGAGUAUUUUAAGGACGUUAGGAAGGAGUGCUGCUUUUAUGGGGUGGCAGUGAUUCUUAGCUCUGUCUUCACGGGAGCAUGUGUAACAAGACUGGUCUGUGGAUCAGCGGUUUAGAACCUCGAAUAGAGGUUUGAAUUAAACACUUACGUGAGUCUCAGACUGAUUUUUUGGGGGGUGGGGAGUGACUUGGAAGCAACCUAACAAAGUGGAAAGAAAAUAUUUCAUUUUGGUUGUUUUAUUUUAUAAAAUAAUGUUACACUUUAUGAACAAUUUUUUUUUAAAUUACCAGGUUGCUAAAAGUUAGGAUUUAUAGCAGAUUUGUUUCUUGCUACCACAGUGUAUAUCCAUGUAACAGUUCAGUAACAAAGGUUUAAAGCUCGAAGAUUAUUUUUUAAAAAGGCAUCUGGACACAUUUUACACGCAGGUAUUUUAUACCCUGGCCUGUUCCCCAAAUGGCCAUUUUUAAAUGAUUGGCUGCAUUUUUAUUAGUCAAGCAUAAGUGGUCUAGUCGUGGGAAUCAGACCAUGCCUUUGCUGUUUCAGAUCACAGUGUAGUCAUCUUCGCUUAUAUGAAGUGUAUAGCUAUCCACUUCCCAGAGCCCUGCCGUAUUGUAAUCAGAAGCGCAGUCUGACUAUUGUGAACCCCAGGUGUGCUUCCUGCUGUGCUGCGUGUGUGAGAGCUGUACAGAUGUGACAUCAAGAAAUAAAUGACACUUGGCCAGUUUGCUUCUCUAGCAGUAUAUUUAAUUUUAACAUAAGGAGUUUUAAAAGUUUUGUCUUAAAAUUUUACACACCAGCAGUUUAGACAAAGCCUUAAAAGCACAUUGUGUGUUAUUGUUCUCAAUGUCAAAAUGCCAGCAAAUAAAUGUGUCAUAUAUAUAUAUAUAUAUAUAUGGUCUAUAUAUAUGUGCGUAUACAUACAGACCAGAGGUUACUGCCCACCCAUCAAA